AUGGACGAAGCUGUGGGAGACCUGAAGCAGGCGUUGCCCUGCGUGGCCGAGGCGCCCACGGUCCAUGUGGAGGUGCACCAGCGGAGCGGCAGCACUGCAAAAAAAGAGGAUAUAAAGCUGAGUGUUAGAAAGCUACUCAACAGGCAUAACAUUGUGUUUGGUGAUUACACCUGGUCUGAGUUUGACGAGCCUUUUCUGACCAGAAAUGUGCAGUCUGUGUCUAUUGUUGACACAGAAUUAAAGGCUAAAGAUCCACAGCCCAUUGAUUUGAGCAUGUGCAAUAUUGCACUCCACAUCUUCCAGCUGAAUGAGGAUGGCCCCAGCAGUGAAAACCUGGAGGAAGAGACAGAAAACAUAGUUGCGGCAAAUCACUGGGUUCUGCCUGCAGCUGAAUUCCAUGGGCUUUGGGACAGCCUGGUGUAUGACGUGGAAGUCAAAUCUCAUCUCCUCGACUAUGUGAUGACAACUUUACUGUUUUCGGAUAAGAAUGUCGACAGCAACCUCAUCACCUGGAACCGGGUGGUGCUGCUUCACGGUCCUCCAGGAACUGGAAAAACGUCCCUGUGUAAAGCUUUAGCCCAGAAAUUGACCAUCAGACUCUCGAGCAGGUACCAAUAUGGCCAGUUAGUUGAAAUUAACAGCCAUAGCCUCUUUUCUAAGUGGUUUUCAGAGAGUGGCAAGCUGGUGACUAGGAUGUUCCAGAAGAUUCAGGACUUGAUUGAUGACAAGGAUGCUCUGGUGUUCGUGCUGAUCGAUGAGGUGGAAAGCCUGACUGCUGCCCGUAAUGCAUGCAGGGCAGGCGCCGAGCCUUCGGAUGCCAUCCGUGUAGUCAAUGCCGUCUUGACCCAAAUCGAUCAGAUUAAAAGGCACUCCAACGUGGUGAUCCUGACCACGUCCAACAUCACAGAGAGGAUCGAUGUGGCCUUCGUGGACAGGGCUGAUAUCAGGCAGUACAUCGGGCCGCCCUCUGCAGCAGCCAUCUUCAAGAUCUACCUCUCUUGCCUGGAAGAGCUAAUGAGGUGUCAGAUCAUAUACCCUCGCCAGCAGCUGCUGACCCUCCGCGAGCUGGAGAUGAUUGGCUUCAUUGAAAACAACGUGUCCAAGUUGAGCCUCCUUCUGAGUGAAAUUUCAAGGAAGAGUGAGGGCCUGAGUGGCCGUGUCCUGAGAAAGCUCCCUUUUCUCGCUCACGCGCUGUACAUCCAGGCCCCCACUGUCACCAUUGAGGGCUUCCUCCAGGCCCUGUCUCUGGCCGUGGACAAGCAGUUUGAGGAGAGAAAAAAGCUCUCAUCGUGCGUGUGA